AAUCCCGCUCGGUCCAUUCACCAGCCACGUCGGGCUAACGAGUAGCCUAAGCCUCUUGCACUGUUCGACUUGUGGCUCGGUGCCAGCGUUAUUAGCUAACCGCCUCCCGUGCUAGCUGGGCAGGACUGCGGUGCCCGUGUCGCUCGUGUGUGUGUGUGUGCGUGUGUGUGUGUGUGUGUGUGAAACGACGCUGUUGUUAGUUGUGUAUCUGCCGGUGCGUCACUGUCGAAGACAAGACAGUCGCCUCCCGUGUGAACUCCGCAUGAGCAGCAGUGCGCGUCCUUUGGAGCUAAGUUGCUGUUGUUGUGACCCAACAACCUUUGUUGACACGUCGGCAUUUGAUCACAACAUCAGUCAUUCGAGGUCGAAUGUGAUGCAGAGCUAACACACUGCAGACAGUGCUGUCGCCAUGGCUGGAUCACCGGACGAGCCCGUCGUCACCAUGACAGCGGAAGAAACCAUAAACGUGAAGGAGGUGGAGAUCAUCAAGGUGAUCCUGGACUUUCUCAACUCCAGGAAACUGCACAUUAGCAUGCUGGCUCUGGAAAAGGAGAGCGGCGUCAUCAAUGGGCUGUACUCGGACGACAUGCUGUUCCUCCGGCAACUGGUGCUUGAUGGUCAGUGGGAUGAGGUGUUGCAGUUCAUUCAGCCUUUAGAGUGCAUGGACAAGUUUGACACAAAGAGGUUUCGUUACAUCAUCCUGAAGCAGAAGUUUCUGGAGGCUCUGUGCGUGAACAAUGCCAUGUCUGCGGAAGAUGAGCCACAGCACAUGGAGUUCACCAUGCAGGAGGCAGUCAAGUGUCUCCAUGCCCUGGAGGAGUUCUGUCCCUCUAAAGAUGACUACAGCAAACUGUGUCUGCUCCUCACGCUGCCUCGUCUCACGAACCAUGCCGAGUUCAAGGAUUGGAACCCCAGCACGGCCAGGGUGCAGUGUUUUGAGGAGGCCUGCGUCAUGGUGGCGGAGUUCAUCCCGGCCGACAGGAAGCUGAGUGAGGCUGGAUUCAAAGCCAGCGGUAAUCGACUGUUCCAGCUGCUCCUCAAGGGAGUCCUCUAUGAGUGCUGUGUGGAGUUCUGCCAGAGCAAGGCGACGGGUGAAGAGAUCACAGAGAGCGAGGUUCUUCUGGGUGUCGACAUGCUGUGCGGUAAUGGCUGUGACGAUCUGGACCUGUCCAUGCUCUCCUGGAUGCAGAACCUUUCCCACAGCGUCUUCUCCUGCGCCUUUGAACAGAAGCAACUCAACAUCCAUGUGGACCGCUUGGUCAAGCCGGCUAAGACCGGCUACGCGGACCUCCUCACCCCACUCAUCAGCAAACUGUCUCCGUACCCCUCCUCCCCGCUCCGCCGACCCCAGUCCGCAGACACUUACAUGUCACGCUCCUUGAACCCGGCGUUGGAUGGCUUGUCCUACGGGCUGUCUGGCCAGGAUAAGCGAGCAAGUGGUGGGGAGAUCGUGCCAGGUAAAGGGGUCUCUCCCAUGUCCCAUUCAUUUGCCAACUUCCACUAUCCUGGAGCAGGCGGGCAGAGCCUGAGCAGGAGUCUCAUGAUGGAGAGCUCCGACUGCCACAGCAUUUUCGAGGAAUCCCCUGAAACAUCGAGGACAGACACGCCUGUUGAUAAGAUGAUGAGUUCAGGUGGAGCUCAGCACCUUCGUCCUGCCUCUGCUCCGGGCGAGGACGCGCCAUCUGACGGCUCUGCUGACAGGAACGAGCUCCGUGACUCCACGGAGAAGUUCGAGGAGUAUUAUCGCCAGCGGCUUCGUGUGCAGCAGCACCUGGAGCAGAAGCAGCAGCAGAGGCAGAUGUACCAGCAGAUGCUGCUGGAGGGAGGCGUCCAGCAGGAGCCGCCACCCAGCGACAUGCAGCACAGCCUCACGGAGAAGUUCCUCAACAGGUCCAUCCAGAAGCUGGAGGAGCUGAACGUGGGUAUGGAGAAUGUAGAGGAGGAGGUGAAGUCUUUGGCCCAGCAGUGUAAUGGCAACGGGAACAUGCCCGCCUCCGAAGACAAUAACAAUCCUCCAUCUGUGACCCCGGAGCAGAGCCGGACCCCGGGGGGAGGGGUGCUCAGCAGCACUCCGCAGCGGUCCGUGGGGGGGCGCCCGGUCCCGCCUCCAAAUGAGUCCCCCGUCGUGUCGCAGAGUGGGCAGAAACAAGAAGGAGGUGAACAAGGCGACUCUCCAGGCUCCUUGUCCCGAAGUAAAGAGAGUGACGAGCCAAAAGAUCUGUUUGUCCCCGUGCACACUUUGGAAGAUACUCAGGCCAUCCGGGCCGUUGCCUUCCACCCGUCAGGAUCCCUGUACGCCGUGGGAUCCAACUCCAAAACUCUUCGCGUGUGCGCUUAUCCAGAAACACUGGACACAAGCUCAAGUCCAACGAAGCAACCGGUCGUCCGCUUCAAGAGGAACAAACACCACAAGGGCUCGAUAUACUGUGUGGCCUGGAGCCACUGUGGGCAGCUGCUGGCUACAGGCUCCAACGACAAAUAUGUCAAAGUUCUACCUUUCAGCGCAGAGACGUGCAACGCCACAGGCCCAGACCUGGAGUUCAGCAUGCACGACGGCACCAUCAGAGACCUGGCCUUCAUGGAGGGGCCGGAGAGUGGAGGGGCCAUCUUGAUCAGUGCCGGAGCAGGAGACUGCAACAUCUACACGACCGACUGUCAGCGGGGACAGGGUCUGCACGCCCUCAGUGGACACACUGGUCACAUUCUGUCUCUGUAUACGUGGGGAGGCUGGAUGAUCGCGUCCGGCUCCCAAGACAAGACGGUGCGUUUUUGGGACAUCAGGGUGCCAAGCUGUGUCCGAGUAGUGGGAACUGCUUUCCAUGGCUCAGGCAGUCCUGUUGCCUCGGUAGCAGUGGAUCCGAGCGGCCGUCUCCUAGCAACAGGACAGGAAGACAGUGCAUGCAUGCUGUAUGACAUCAGAGGAGGACGAAUCGUCCAGGUGUACCGGCCGCACACCAGCGACGUGCGAUCUGUUAGAUUUUCCCCUGGAGCACACUACCUGCUCACUGGUUCCUAUGACACAAAGGUUAUCGUCUCCAACCUCCAAGGUGACCUGACCAAACCGUUGCCUCAGACCGUGGUUGGAGAGCACGGCGACAAGGUGAUUCAGUGUCGAUGGCACACAGAGGACCUGUCCUUCCUCUCAUCGUCUGCCGACCGCACCGUCACACUCUGGACACACAAACCAUAACACCCAUACAGACACAUGUACAUGCACACACACAAGCAGUUCCUAUAAUCUAAAAGACACACAUUCCCCUAACGCUGCUCCUCCUGCACUGUCAACAUGGUCUCACCCUUUCAACAAACUCGACACUUAAAAGCCUGGAACUCUGUCUCUCUCUCUCUCUCUCUCUCACACAAACACACAUGAAUGAGACUUUUCCCUCCUGUCUGUCGGAAACAAAACGGAUACAAACCUGAGAUACACCAAAAGCACACACGUUGCAUGUUCUCCUUUGUCUUUACAUCGCUCACAUUUCAUUCAUCCUACUGAGGGGUACAACAGCAGGAUCGUUCAUUAUUCUCAGUGCAUACUUCAGUCAAUGUCUUGUCAACCUAACACACACACACACAUCAGUUGCUGCAUGUCCUUUUCACUGAGGGCCGAUUAACAGGACAGAGUGCUUUGUUCAUGAUGGUGCCUUCCUUCAGUUCUCAGUAUCCACAACGGAAAAAAAUAUUUAAAAAAAUAUAAACCAACUUUGAUCAUUUUUCAAGAUCAAAUUUUGAGAAAUAUUACAUUCCUUCUUUUGCAUACCAUUUCAUCACAGCUGGUGUUAUGCUGCUAUAUCGUUGAGUUGAAUUGAAGAUGUAAAAUGUAAAAUUUUUAGUGUCAGUUGUGAGCUUUUCCCGUCAGGAGGCUGAAUCUGUGGACGUCGAACUGUCUGCCAAUCAGUCUGCUGUAGUCUAACUGCUUUACUACAACUCAACAUGGGUAAAUUAGCUUGUGCUUUUCAUUUUGAGUUUGACACUUUUUUUUCGCUGAAAGUGUUAACAGUGUCUUGCAAUGGCUUGCUUGCAAUGGAAGAACCUUAUGUCGGCAUCAAAGGGAAAUACAAAGUAUGAUUUUUGGUUGAGUGCUAUAGCACUCGGUUUAGGAUUCUUUUUCCUCCAGUGUUUAAAAGCUUUGGUUUGUCAACUGCAGAAACGAUAUGACAACAGUAGGGGGCAGUCUUUGCCCAUACAAAGGAUCUAAUCAUGUGCACAUCUGAGUGGAAGUGUGAAGCCCGGGUGUUUUGAUAUUUAUUUAGAACCAGUAUUUGGGGCAAAUGCAUCCUGUCCUAUUCAUGUAUUUAACAUGCGCACUUUCUUCUAACUUUUAAUUUACUACAUCUACAAAGAUGCAUAUUUAAGUUUUAAUGUUAAUGUAUAGUAUACAGCAUAUAUUGUUUUAACAAAUAAAGCCAAACUAAUACGUACAUAGAUGUAUUUAUUUCAGUUGUAUGUAUGUAUGUACAGUUGAUAGUAUGUUUUGGAAAUGCUAGUGGCUCUUGUACUAAGCCUUUCUAAUUCUUGUUUUUAAAAGUGACCUAAAUUAAUUCAAGCUAACUCAAGUCUGACUGCUGGUACGUUCAAAUAAAGUGUCUUUUACACAA